GAUAACCAAACAUUUUUAAUUUAUUUUUAUUUUUUUAAGAAUUUAAAUAAUUUAUGAGUACAUUUUAACAUUGCAUUUUGAGAUAUCUCAAGUUUGAUGGCUUAUUUGAAAGGAUGGAAGUAUGUGGCAUUUAUAUCAGCUUUCGUCGGAAGUAUAGGAUUAGCUACUUACCCUAUUAUUAUAUAUCCAAUGACACAUGUUGACGAUUACAAAAAAUCACAGCAGGAAAACCGUGCACAAUUAGAUCAGUCUAGAAUUCAACCAGAAAGUGGUGGAAACUUGAGUAAAUGGACCAAUCCAUUUGAGAAAAAAACAAAUUAGUAUCAUUAUGUUAUGAUUUAUCAAACCAACAAAAACUCAAUUAAAUAUGAAUUUUAAGUGAAAAA